UUAAUCGUAGUUUGUGAAGUUAAUCCCCAAAUUGUCUGGUAGUACUGGCCCCACAUGCAGUGACACGAGUCGGCGAUGGAAAGAAAGGAACGGCAGCUUCUUCAUACUCGUACAAGAGCAACAGGUCAAAACGAAACGAAAGCCGGCAAUGGCGACCACCCCAGCCCACGCCGCCGCCGGUGAAGCGGUGAUGUCCUACGGCCGAGUUGGGGCCCGUAGGAUCCCACCUCGUCUUGGCUUCCUCUCCAAACCGUCCUCCCGGUGGGCCGCGAUCUCGGUGGCUCCGGCCCCUCGCCACGCGGCUCCGGCGGCAGCCGCGGCCAAGGAGCGGGUCGCGGAGGAGGAGGAGGGGCCGGCGUGGGUGGAGCUGGAGCCCAUCGCGAGCGAGCAGCAGCUGGACCGGGCCCUCGCGGUGGCGCAGCAGCUCGACCUCCCCAUCGUCCUGCUCUGGAUGGCAAGUUGGUGCAGAAAAUGUAUAUAUUUGAAGCCUAAGCUUGAGAAGUUGGCUGCAGAAUACCAUCCAAGAAUCCGGUUCUACUGUGUCGAUGUCAAUGCGGUUCCACAAAAGCUUGUGAACCGUGCUGGAGUAACAAAGAUGCCUUCUAUACAGCUGUGGAUUGACUCCCAGAAACAGGACGAGGUGAUUGGCGGACACAAAUCAUGGCUGGUAAUUGACGACGUCAGGAGGAUGAUCGAGCGGGAGGAAUGAUCCAGUGUGUCAUUUAGCGCAACAGUUGUGUGUCAAUGCUCCUCAACAAAAAAAAAAGUGUGCCAAAGAAGAUAAUCAGUAUUACCACUUGCUCAAAGGUUGAGCAACAUGUGAGUCUCUGUAUCGACGUAUUAGGAUCCCACGGUCAGAGAUGACAUGAAAUACGAUUCAUUGUGCAUAAACACUCAGUUCAGCACAUUCUGGUGUUGGAAUCAGAAGAAUGAUGGAAUCCAGCUACCUGGAGUGGCCUGACAUUCCUGUGAUGUCCUUGAUGUAUCCAUGUGUGGGUAUUAACUAGAACUUGCUGUAUCAACAAUAAUUCAAUACGGAAAUACUUAUUGCCUA